GGCAACAUCGCCCUGGCGGUCGUCCUGGAGGACCUGCACAUCAAGACCACCCACAGCAGCCAGGUGCCGGGCCCCAGCGGGGGCCACGCCCUCUGCGUGGUGAACACCCACAUCCUCUGCGACCCCGGCGCGGCGGACGUGAAGCUGUGGCAGGCCCACCUCCUUGUGCAGACGCUGAAGGGGAUGCCCAUCGGCAACAUGCCGCUCCUGAUAUGCGGUGACUUCAACUCCACGCCCGACUCUGCGGUGUACGAGUACCUGCGCAAGGGCAACGUUCGCGGAGACCACGAGGACCUGCGGAACGACCCGUGCGGCCUGAUGGGCAAGCUGUCCCUGCGGCACUCGCUCUGCAUGGCGACCGCGUACCAGACCUGCAACGGCCGCGAGGCGCAGUACACAAAUUACACGGAGGACUUCAAGGGCGCGCUGGACUACAUUUGGUUCACGCCGGACAACCUGGCCGUCCUGGCGAUCUCGCAGGUCGACGACGAGUCGCAGCUGAUGCAGGAGACGGCCCUGCCGUCCAGCGCGCGGCCCUCGGACCACGUGAGCCUGGUCGCGACCUUCAUGUUUCACGACGCCCCCGCGGGGCCCUCAGGGGAGGCCUCGGCCCGUCGGGACCGGCUGCCCCCCGCGCUCAUGUGGGUGGAUCG